GUUUGGAAAAGUUAACGCUACGUGUGGGCAUUCGUUUCUAUGACGUUGAUGUGUGAAAUCAAUGCACUGAGCAAGGAAGUUCCGGUAAUGCUUAGAAUGGCCGAAAUAUACAAAAUGCUGUAAGUAUUACAUGUUAUCAUGAAUGUACCUGCUACUACAUGCUCACAGCAUGGAUAUAAACCCCUGAAAGUUUGUUGGAGGUUUUCGGAGGUGUUUUAAUAGCGGUCUGUGUCGGCAUAGGUGCACCCCAUUACGUGCAGUACUGAGCUGUUGCUUUUUAUCGGUUUUAAUAUGGUUAAAACACAGAAAAGAGAAAGACAUACAGUACGUGUUCAAGUUUCACAGAAGGAUUGUGGAUGAUGGGCAAUUUUGAAGUGCACUUUUCCUUUAAAAUACGUGCAGCAGCGUUUUGCACCGACUGAAGACACACGCAAUGGACGUCCCACUUACCCCCACAUAAAGUGCAUUACAGUAAUCCAGCCGAUAAGGUGACAAAGGCAUGGAUUACUGUUUCACAGUGUUUGUGUGCUGCCUCAAUAGAAAAAAGCUUGAUUUUACGACGGCUCUGAUCUGACUGUCCAACUUCAGCUCUGACUCUGUUUUAACUCCCAUGUUUGUGAUGCCCGGCUUUCUAUACUGGGCCAAAGGACCCAAAUUUACAGGGGGGGGGGAUCCCAGAGGUGCCACCACAAAACAUGACUUCAGUUUUAUUUUCACCAAACAUUAAAAAUUUCAGAGCCAUCCAGGCCUUUAUGUCAUCAAGACACCUCAGAAACGGCUAUAUGGAAUGAGCAUUCUUCCUUCCAAGUGGGACAGAAAGCUAACAAUCAUCUGCAUAACAGUGGAAUAAAAUGUCAUGUUUCAUCAGUAUAAAACCAAGUAGGCUAGACAGGAAGAAGAGAAGAGGGCCUCAAACUGAGCCGUGAAGAAUUCCACACAAGAGGAGGAUACAGAGUCACCAAGGCCUCAAUCCUCAGGGUUUUGUCUCCCCCAUUAAGCGUCUGGUCUGGUCCAAAGCCAGUCGCAGGCCUGUGGAACGAGGCAGCAUUUACCGACGUCCAUUGCACACUGUCCCCCUAUACCCUCCUGACUUCCUCAUCCACCCUGAGAGACUCAUCUUCGACUACCUGGAAAAGGAGGUCAAGUUCCUUGGUCACCUGACCUGGGUGUCAGUUUCUCUGAACCCGUCCAGCCGAGAUGAACUGCUGCAACUGCUUGACACAGCCAGGCAGUUGAGGGUGCUGCCUUUAAAGACCAGCAUGGACCAGGAUUGUAUCCUGAGUCUGUCCGCUCGCUGCUUGCUGCUGACGUGGCGAGACAAUGAGAAGCUGCUGAUGAGAAUUCCCACACAUGAGAUUGCUGCAGCCUCAUAUCUGAGAGAUGACGCGCUGCACCUACUAGUCCUCAAGACAGGUCUAAAUGUGGACACUGUGGUUGCCGGGGACAACAGUCUGGAUCGAAAGAAGCCAACAGGCGUCGAUGGACGACGUCAAACCAUGAGCUGCAAUGUUGACCCACGACCUUCAGGGGGUACCAUGGAACGACGACACACCAUUUGUGGAGUCGACUGGAGGCCGUCUCUAUCCAGGAGUAACCAUGACAAGAACCAGAAUUUGGACAGAGGAAGUGGGUGUGACAGAGGAGAAGGGGGAAGUUUAGAAAGGAAGCAAGCAGGAGGGAGCUGGGAGAGGAGGCAACCGACACGUAAGACAGGUGGAAGCUGGGAGAGCCGCCGGCCGAGGCCCUUGAAUGGUGUGGGGCCCGGGGGGGGAGGAAGCUGGGAGAAGCGGCAUGGAGGAAGUGGAGGAGGAAGCUGGGAGAGGCGGCACGGGACAGGUGGUGGGGGAAGCUGGGAACGACGGCAGGCUUGUACAGGGAGCUGGGAGAGGGGGAAGAGCUACGGCAGCUGGGAGAGAAGGAACCACAACCCACUGGAGCCAACUCUCUGCCCUGAUGCAUACUGCAACCUGGUCAUCCUGGCUGUGGAGAACCGGGAUGCUGCAGAGGAGUACUGUUCCCUCAUCUGCCAGAUGUUCCAAAUCAUUUAUGGCCAUCAGACCAUUGAGUGUGUUGACAGAGCUGGGUUCCAUCACACCAUGCCGGACCGCUAUUGGCUGCAGAGGAGUGACAGCUGUCUGACAGACACGUCCUACAGUUAUGAUCCAGAGUACAGCUGCUGCAGUUUAUAUGAUGGAUCCCAGGACGCGUUUGAGCUCUACUACAGUGAGACUUAUAGCGAGAGUUCAUCCCUGUCUCUGCAGGAAUCCCACCGCAGUCUGGGAUCAGCCAACGAUGUGGGGGAGAGCAACCCCACCCUGCUGCUCAUGCAGGAGUACAUGAUCACUCUGAGGAACAAGCUGAAUGCUGUGGAGUUGCAGCAGUUUGCAGUCUUGCUGCGAGAAUACAGGCUGGAGUCAAACAUAGAACAUUUCUGCUCUGAGCUGCUGCAGUUGUAUGGAGACAACCGCAAGUUUCUGCUGCUGGGAAUGCGGCCGUUUAUCCCAGAUAAGGACGUCGGAGUAUUUGAAAGCUUCCUGGAAAGUAUUGGAAUCCGCGAGGGUGGAAUUUUAACUGACAGCUUUGGACGCAUCAAACGCAGCAUGAGCAACACAUCAGCCACCGCCAUGAGAGGGUACGACAGCUGCUCCUUGGCCUCAGGAUCUCAGGAGUUCAACCGCCGCAUCAGUGACAUCACACAUGACAUCCAGGCACUCGGCUUUGAGGGCACACAUGAGGACAUCGAGGAGGAGGACUACUACCUCUAAGUAAUGUAGUUUCCUGUCAUAUUAUGAGACUUGAAACUCCACGUCAUCAAAUUCUCAAGUAUUUCUUUAACUACAAUGUCUCAUUACAACUUUUACAUUACGGUAUAAACAUAUAAUAAAUGUGAUUCUACAACUUGCGACACCGUUGAUGUUUUCUUCUAUUUUAAAUUCUAUCCAUGAAGUUAAAACUAGUGAUAACAAAAAAUAUGCUUUUUAGGGGACGUUGUAGUACCACAGAGUCACCAGACAGAGGCAGUAUCCGUCUUAUGCAGUUAUUUGUAUGAAACGGAACCCUUUUUCUGUGAUGGAAAGAAAUGGUCAAAACUGCAUUGUCUGAUAAAUGACUGAAAAUGAAGAGGAAAAGAAGUCAAUGCAAGAAUCAAGAUAAAAUGCAGCUAUGUGCCUUUUUUUCCUCUCUUUUCUCUUUUUUUCUGCAUUGACCCAUUAUCCAGGCCAGAGUUUCAUGACCUUCCCAUGGUGCACUGCUUCCCUGCCCCUGGCCUUCUCCUCUGCCAGCCUCACUGAACAUCAGCAAGAGUCAGUGCACUCACAGAGUCAGAGUCUCUUCACUGUUGUGAUGUAGAUGAACACUUUAUAUGUUUGCUGUUAUCUGUUUGUCAACAGCGGGAUUGAACGUGAGGUCACCAGUACAUGACAGUAGUGGUGCUUAAUGUAACCUCAUGAGAUCUGACUGAUUAUGUAAAAGUGAUGCUCAUCAGCGGAUCAGAACGCUGUAAUAAUCUUUAUAUUCAUCCAUGUGGUGGGAUUUACUGUAACAUCAUACCAUCAACCCACUGACAUAUAUAAACACAUGCCAGGCUUAAAUUGUUUUCUCCUGUGUUAUUCACAUAGUCUAAAAACUGUGUGUGCAAAGAAAACUGAAAAAAACGAGCAGUGCCUGUUACCCCACGUACUCAUUUGAAUACUGAAUCAUUUUGCAGGCCCCCCAGUGCAGACUACUAGCGCUGAAGCGUAUUUACGGGGUACAAAUUUGAACCAUCUUUCUGUUUUGGGGCUCCAACAAAAAGAUGAAUCUUUCCUUUUUGAUAAAUAUGCAGGUUCCAGCCAGUUUAGGCUUGGCCUCGACUCAUUCCUUAAAUAUGUUAACUUGUUUUCAGAUUAGGACUGUCGUCCACUAUAUUUGUUCACAUUCACAGUAGUAGUAGUGGUGGUGUCCACGAUAGUUAACACUGCUUCACUUCGUAAUAGUGGGAGAGUGUGGCUCUGCUGUAGGUAUUGUCUUGCUAAAACAUCACUGAGUACUGCUCACGGGACGUUUAUGGGUCUUAUCUGAGAAGUGUCCUGAAAUCACUGUUAUAGGAGCUUUAUGAAUAAUACCUGCAUUUUAGACAUUUGUUGUCAAAAAGCCAACAAUAUGGGAUGACUGGAGCCGACACGCAGGCCAAGGACUCUGCAUGUUACCCCAUCACCCAACACUGGCCACCCUGGGGUUACUGCAAGGCCCUACCAACUAAGAUUGUUAAAAAUAUAUCACUCUGACAUCACACAAAUGAGACCAUGUUUCAUUAAUGUAAUGAUAAUACAGGAAAUGGCAUAAUAAUGCGAGUAAGACGUAUCAAAAGUAAUAAACUUGAAUUUCUCAACAGUAUUUAACAAUGUCAGGAAUGUCAGGAGAUUUUAAAUAAAAUAAAUUCAGCAAACAAAAAAAGACCCCAAUGAAAAUAAAGUGGACUCAGAGUCUCCUUUAGGAAUAAUUGCACUUAAAUCAAAAUCACAAUCAAUCACAAUAUUUCUGACUUUGACUCAGUGUCACUUUCAUUAUUGUCUGAAUAUUAACAAAAAACAAAGAAUUAACACGGAAAUACUCUGGUGUUCACAUUGUGUGUCAAUGCAGACGUCAGCUCAUUUGCAUUGUGUAGGGAAUACGCUGUUUAUGUUUAAUGAGGUGUAAUGUUUUGUCAGAGUUUGGACAAAGUACAUGUUUUGGAUGCAGCCAAAUGCGUUUGGUGGACAAUGAAGUGUUAUACUUCGGGACUCACAGCAGCUGAAACGUGAUUUCCACCCUUUUGUAUUAUUUAGUUAAUUGUCUUUGUCACAAACUUUUUCAUGUCCCAAAAUUACAGUUCGCAAAGGCCUGAAAUUGACAUCGGAUUGUGUUCGUGACAGGAAGAAAACAUUCAACAUUGUUUCUCCUGUUUAUUCAAUAUGUUUGCAGUAUAUUUUCACACGGCUGUGGCUUCAAAUCACUGUAGUCUGUGCGUCAUGACCCUCAAAGUAACUGCACUGUCCCCGGUACCCCUUUCAGGAAAAUCACCCAUUUGCGUUUGCUUGCUUGUUACUCCUCAUGACGCUCACUUGCAGCAGUCUGUGUGUGCACCUAGUAGCGCCCCGGCUCCCCCCACUAGGACAAAGAGACUGAAUGACUGACGGAAGGGUUCACUAACUACAUUAAUUCCACUAUAGAACCAACACGCUCAGGUGUUGAGACAAGUGAACUCUCUUGUCAUUCAGCCUGUUUGCUAGAGAGAGGAAAACAAACACCCACGCACGUGUCAAUAUUUCGAGGCCGGCGAAAUUAUCGAGGUUGUUUUUAUUUAUCGUGUGGUUAGUUUAUUUAUUGAUUAUCGUGACUUGGCCUACACAAAUAUAACCCGAACCCUAACCCAUCUUUGGAAUCUGCCUGUCAUUUCGCCAAAGCCAGAAGGUUAUUUGGAGUUCAUUUGUCAUGUUUGAUGUGUGAUGUGUGGGAUCAGACAGCAUGUGUAUGAUAACAAACUCCCAUCAUGCAAAGGAUUACAGGGUGGCGUUUUCUCCCCCUGGCUAUAUUUAGCAGGCUGCAAUUCAU